GAGCUCAGAAACUGCCAGCCGAGAUCGCAAGCAUUGGGGCUGAAGCAGGAGGCAGGAUGGACUGAGAGGAAAAGAGGCAGGUUAGAGGGAGAGAGGCUUGGAAAAGGAACAGCAGAAAAGAAAUCGCUGGUUUUGUUCACAGCAAAGCGAGAGCCAGUGGAGUUGAGGACACAAGACUAUGAAAGCCAAGAAAUGCAAAGAGAGGCAGAGGGAAGAAAAUGACAAGAGGAACGUCCAUCCGGAGAAAUGAAGAGAAUGAAAGUUUUAUGCUGCAGAACGGCUCCGUGUUUUUCCGGCACAAAAUUCUCUCGCUGUCUUUAAGCCCGCUCGCGUUUGCCAGCCGUUGAUAUCAAGAGGCAUGUUCAGUGGUGCCGGCAGCUUCUCCUCUUCCUUCUUUUCCUCUUCAUCUUCCUCCUCCUCCUCUUCUUCCUCCUCCACAUUCUCCUCCCAUCAGCAAGAAGACAAACCUAGGACAGUCUUGAAAUAUCGAAAUUUCCUCCUUGGGAUUUGCCAGCGCCGCGUUGCGCCAACACUGUCGGAAUAAAGGAGGCUGACUAUUGUAUGAUCGUUAUUUUAUUAAUUGGUCAGUGGGAAGAUUACGGCUGAGCAUAGGGGACAUCUGUCACCCUUUCUGCGCUAAGAUUGAAAAAUGAGGCUGGAUUUGGAGACGCUCUAAAAUGAAGCAAAAGGAAUAAAAAUUUUUAAGACAGCCACAGAAGCCCCCCACGCAGCACACUUUUAUUUAUAUUUUUUAGAUUAUUAUUAUUUUUUUUUUGGUGGUUGGGGGGAGGUGAUCGGGUAGCUAACUGGCUACGGGGGAGCUGCUUCCUUUCCUUUUGGAAAUGAUUGUGCUGUUAUUCUUUGCCUUGCUCUGGAUGGUGGACGGAGUCUUUUCCCAGCUUCAUUAUACUGUGCAGGAGGAGCAGGAACAUGGCACUUUCGUGGGGAAUAUCGCUGAAGACCUGGGCUUGGACAUUACAAAACUUUCAGCUCGCAGGUUUCAGACGGUGGCCAACUCACGGACCCCUUACUUGGACCUUAAUCUGGAGACCGGGGUUCUGUACGUAAACGAAAAGAUAGAUCGUGAGCAGAUCUGCAAGCAGAGCCCUUCUUGUGUCCUGCACCUGGAGGUCUUUCUGGAGAACCCGCUGGAGCUGUUCCGAGUGGAGAUCGAAGUGCUGGACAUCAAUGACAACCCUCCCUCCUUCCCAGAGCCCGACCUGACGGUGGAGAUCUCAGAAAGCGCCACGCCAGGCACCCGCUUUCCCUUGGAGAGCGCCUUCGACCCAGACGUGGGGACUAACUCCUUGCGAGACUACGAGAUAACCCCAAACAGCUACUUCUCACUAGACGUACAGACCCAGGGAGAUGGCAACCGAUUCGCAGAGCUGGUCCUGGAGAAGCCACUGGACCGAGAACAGCAAGCGGUGCACCGCUACGUGCUGACCGCGGUGGACGGGGGAGGAGGGGGAGGAGGAGGAGAAGGAGGGGGAGGUGGUGGGGGAGUCGGUCUGCCCCCCCAGCAGCAGCGUACUGGCACGGCCUUGCUCACCAUCCGAGUGCUCGACUCCAACGACAAUGUGCCGGCGUUUGACCAACCCGUCUACACUGUUUCCCUACCAGAGAAUUCUCCCCCUGGCACGCUAGUGAUCCAGCUUAAUGCCACCGACCCUGAUGAAGGCCAGAACGGAGAGGUCGUGUACUCGUUCAGUAGUCACAUUUCGCCCAGGGCUAGGGAGCUCUUCGGACUGUCGCCGCGCACCGGCCGGCUGGAGGUGAGCGGCGAGCUGGACUAUGAAGAGAGCCCAGUGUACCAGGUGUAUGUCCAAGCCAAGGACUUGGGUCCCAAUGCUGUGCCUGCGCACUGUAAGGUUCUGGUGAGAGUGCUGGAUGCCAACGACAACGCACCAGAGAUCAGCUUCAGCACAGUGAAAGAGGCGGUGAGCGAGGGUGCGGCCCCUGGCACCGUGGUGGCUCUGUUCAGCGUAACCGAUCGGGACUCAGAGGAGAAUGGGCAGGUGCAGUGUGAGCUGCUGGGAGACGUGCCGUUCCGCCUCAAGUCUUCCUUCAAGAAUUACUACACUAUUGUGACAGAAGCCCCUUUGGACCGAGAGGCUGGGGACUCCUAUACCCUGACUGUGGUGGCCCGCGACCGGGGCGAACCUGCACUCUCCACCAGUAAGUCGAUCCAGGUUCAAGUGUCAGAUGUGAAUGACAAUGCGCCGCGCUUCAGCCAGCCAGUCUACGACGUGUACGUGACAGAAAACAAUGUGCCCGGUGCCUACAUUUACGCGGUGAGCGCUACGGACCGCGACGAAGGGGCCAAUGCAAAAUUAACCUACUCUAUCCUAGAGUGCCAGAUCCAGGGAAUGAGUGUCUUCACCUACGUGUCCAUCAACUCAGACAACGGCUACUUGUACGCCCUGAGAUCCUUCGACUAUGAGCAGAUCAAGGACUUCAGCUUUCAAGUGGAAGCCCGGGACGCCGGCAGUCCCCAGGCGCUGGCCGGCAACGCCACUGUCAACAUCUUGAUAGUGGAUCAGAACGACAACGCCCCCGCCAUCGUGGCGCCCCUUCCGGGGCGCAACGGGACUCCAGCCCGCGAGGUGCUGCCGCGCUCUGCCGAACCCGGCUACCUGCUCACUCGUGUGGCUGCAGUGGACGCGGACGACGGUGAGAACGCCAGGCUCACCUACAGCAUCGUGCGGGGCAACGAAAUGAACCUAUUCCGACUGGACUGGCGCACCGGAGAGCUCCGCACCGCUCGCCGGGUCCCAGCCAAGCGCGACCCCCAGCGGCCUUAUGAGCUGGUGAUUGAGGUGCGCGACCACGGACAGCCACCCCUGUCCUCUACAGCCACCCUGGUGGUUCAGCUGGUGGAUGGAGCCGUGGAGCCCCAGGGCGGGGGCGGGGGCGGAGGUGGAGGGUCCGGGGAACACUUGCGUCCCAGCCGCUCUGGCGGCGGGGAAACUUCACUGGACCUCACACUCAUCCUCAUCAUCGCCCUGGGCUCCGUGUCCUUCAUCUUCCUGCUGGCUAUGAUCGUGUUGGCCGUGCGCUGUCAAAAAGAGAAGAAACUCAACAUCUACACGUGUCUCGCGAGUGAUUGCUGCCUCUGCUGCUGCUGCUGCGGCAAUGGGAGCUCCACCUGCUGCGGCCGUCAAGCUCGGGCGCGCAAGAAGAAACUCAGCAAGUCAGACAUCAUGUUGGUGCAGAGCGCCAAUGUCCCUAGCAACCCGACCCAGGUGCCGGUAGAGGAGUCCGGAGGCUUCGGUUCCCAUCACCACAAUCAGAACUAUUGCUAUCAGGUCUGCCUCACCCCAGAGUCCGCCAAGACCGACCUGAUGUUCUUGAAGCCCUGCAGCCCUUCCCGGAGUACAGACGCUGAGCACAAUCCCUGUGGAGCCAUCGUCACCGGGUACAGCGACCAGCAACCAGACAUCAUUUCCAACGGAAGCAUUUUGUCCAACGAGAAUAAACACCAGCGAGCAGAGCUCAGCUAUCUAGUUGACAGACCUCGCCGAGUUAACAGUUCUGCAUUCCAGGAAGCUGACAUAGUAAGCUCUAAGGACAGCGGCCAUGGAGACAGUGAACAGGGAGACAGUGAUCAUGACGUCACCAACCGUGGCCAGUCAGCUGGUAUGGAUCUUUUUUCCAAUUGCACUGAGGAAUGUAAAGCGCUGGGCCACUCUGACCGAUGCUGGAUGCCUUCUUUUGUCCCUUCGGAUGGACGCCAGGCUGCCGAUUACCGCAGCAACCUGCAUGUCCCUGGCAUGGACUCUGUUCCAGACACCGAGGUCUUUGAACCUCCAGAAAUCCAGCCUGGGGCGGAGCGUUCUUUCUCUACUUUCGGCAAAGAGAAGGCCCUGCAUGGCACCCUGGAGAGGAAGGAGCUGGACGGAUUGCUGUCUAAUACACGAGCGCCUUACAAACCACCAUAUUUGAAAAUGCUGUGGAUGCAGCUGCGUGGAGAGGCUCCUUUGACGAAAGACGGAGGCAAACAAACAACCACAUGACAGAGCUCAGAAGCAGAUUUUCAACUUGAGCUUUCAGAGGAGACUGCGCCCCAGCCAACAGCGUGACUGCAAAGCUCAGAGACUUCAGCCAGGCACUAACUGAGCUGCACUAAUUCCAAACCACACAAACUGUGAGAUAAAUAUGGGAAGAUUAUGCUACUCUCUCCUUGGGAGUCUUGUUUCGCAACAGUAGAUAGCUAAUACAAUAGAUACCUGAGAAACUCAUUGUCUGCUUCAGUAAUAUGAGCAUUGACUUCUCUCAUGUGAUGUGGCUAUUUUUCCAAACAACAUAUUUAAUGUGCACUUGCUCUUUCUUUGCUUUGCUCUCCGAUUGUCUCUUCUGUUUCACUCCUCAUCACUUCACACACACACGCACACACACACACACACACACACACACACACACACACACACACUUCCUAUGCUUUUCUGGAUUAAUAUAUUGGCUUAAAAAAUAAAAUGCUUUCAUCAAAUGAAAUAUGCAUUAACUUUGGUGACUUUCAGUUGUGGGAAUUACUUCUAAUUUUCUUCUUUGAAAGCGUUUGCUUUUCUAUAAAACCCUCUGUAGGACAUAUAGCCUUUUAUAUGCAGAUUGGUAUAAUUACACUUUGAAAUAUCUUUGAAUUCCCUGUAGCUUAAACGGAGAACAUGAAAGGCCAAAUGUUAUAUUGAACUGAAGGAUAUAAAGGUGCGAGCACAUCAAUCCAAAAUGAGAUAUAGAAAUGACUAGCUCCACACAGCACUGCUCGUUUCUGACAGAUUGUUGAAGAUUCUUUAACUGAAAAGACUGUUUUUCCUAGCAGUUGAAUCCUGGGAAGGGCUUCAUCCAUUCAGAUUUGUUAUUGUGAAUGCCUGUGAUGUGAAACAAGAGACCUAAGGCAACAAGAGUUUUACCUCUUUCCAGAAUAAUCCAUCAUAAAACGGAAUAUUAUAAGGAAGGAAUUAUCUACACAAAGUGUCAUGCCGGAUGUGAUGAACAUCACAUUUCAUGAAGUCAAUAGAAAAUUCACCUUUCCAGAUCUCAAAAACAAACGAAGGGUUCUCGUCCACCUGGGAGGAUGCUCCCAGCUGGGGCCAGCACAGGCAUAUUCAGAGUAUUUAAAAGUAGAUUGCUGUAGAGAUGGCUUAGCAAUUUAGAACUUACUGUUGUUGCAGGGGACUGGAAUUCAGUGGACACAUGGAGGGUUACACCUAUUCCUAGUUCAAAGGUCAAGGGACCAUAUGCCAGCUUCUGGCAUCCCUAAUCACCAGGUACGCACUCAGUGCCCAUACACAUACGCAGGUAGAGCACCCAUACUCUGAAAUUUAAAUAAAUGUAGUUUUCAUGAAAAUUAUUUAAAUCCUCAUUCUUUAUUACCAACAAUGGGAAGUAAGGGAAGCUAGUGUGUCUGUGUAAAGUCAAAUCUUGCCAUCAACAUUUAACUUAUUAAGAACAGAUUCCAUGCAACUAUUUCAAGAGUGUGUGCUGUUAACUUUUAAUAUUCUGUAAUUACCCUGAUUGCUUUCAGUUAAAUGGAUCUCAUAGUUACUCUUUAAAACUAGCUAUCCUUAAAUGUUUUUUUCUUUUUUAAUGUAAAAGGCAUGCCUCCUCAUAAAAUUAUAUUUUAUAUAAAUUAAAGAGAAAAGCCACCCAAACUGUUUAAAAAAAUAAAAUUUUAAGUUUAAGGCAAAAUGCCCUAAAUUCUUGUGUCUCCAGAAUGCAGAGAUACUAAUUAGCUCCAGUUGAAAUAAAAAUAAGAACACUCAGAAGGCAACUCCAAGUCAUAGAGAACUGCGCAGGCAAUGCAACGUGACGGUCAUGUUUGCAACCGAGGCUAGGGAGUUUUACCAUUUUUGGAUCUUACAAAAACUGCCACUUAUUAAUCUUCCAAAUUCACAAGGAGGGAAAUGAUGAUAAUUCAAGUUGUAUACUUGAAGAAAAUAUAAUUGUCAAUUUGCUCUGAGUCUGUCAUUUUAAAAACACAAUAUUCUUUUUAAAAAGAUUUGAAUAUACAUAUACACACACACGCACACAUACAUGCUCACUGUUGCUGACAUAUCAGAAGAGGGCAUCAGACCCAAUUAUAGAUGGUUGGUUUCUGGGAAUUGAAUUAAUGGACCCUGGAAGAGCAGCCAGUGCUCUUAACUUCUGAGCCAUCUCUGCAGUCCUGAAACACCACAUUCUAAAAUGUCUUUUUACCCUGGGAUAAAUGUUUCAGAAAUAUUCAACCAUAUUAAUGCAUAUAGGACUUUAGAACCACUAUUGAUAACCAUUCCUGAACAAGUAGUUUCCUACAACAAUAUACAAUGAUGCUAAGAUUCUUGAAUCUCCCCUAUACUACUUGAAAACCAUGUGUCCUUCCAAAAAAAUGUGUGGUUAAUGCACAGAUUCAGAUUAGUUCUGAUAUCUAAAUUUGAUCAUAUAUAAACUUCUUUGUGGAAUGAUAAUCUACAAAACAAUUUUAGUAUAUAAGUGGAGAAUCACUUUAUUUUCUGUGACUGGAACCUUCCAUCAAUUCAUUAGGAUCCUUGUUGAAUGAACAUUUUGGCUAUAAAUAGUGUUUUCAUUUGUUGUCUGAUGAAGAAGCAUCUCUUUUAAUUCUUCUGAUAAGUGUUAUAAUUGAUGGUAUUUUGUUAAAAUAUGAGAAAAACCUAAAUAUCUUCUGUGAGUCUUUUUUAAAGAUUUAUUUAUUUUAUGUAUAUGAGUACACUGUAGCUGUCUUCACACACACCAGAAGGGACAUCGAUCCCAUUACAGAUGGUUGUGAGCCACCACGUGGUUGCUGGGAAUUAAACUCAGGACCUCUGUAAGAGCAGUCAGUGCUCUUAACCACUGAGGUGUUUCUCCAGUCUUUCUGUGGGUUUUUAAUGUGACUAUAUAGUAUAACACAAACCAAGCAAAGCCCAUCUGAAUGGUUUUUUAAAACAAACUAAAAUUAUUGUGAGGUUAUUGAGAGAGCGAGUGUUCUACUCUGGUAUCUCUGGAACUAGCUGUGUGCUCUUUGCCACAACUCUUACAUGAAAGGGAUCUCAUUCACACAGUAACAUGAGACAAGCUGAGACCUGUAAACUUAUUCCUUAAUGAUAAAACCAGUGAUCAUUGGAGCUGUGGAGCUACCUAUAACCAGUGUGCACCUGUUGUCAUUUCUCAGCUUAAAGAUAAAGACAGAAUACAGCACUUCACCAAGUAAUUUUUCAUUGGAAUGAUCUGCAAAUAGAUAUUCUGAAUAUCUAAAGAUAAACUCUUUUAGAGGCUGAAUUCUCAACACUAUUACUGUAGAGAUGUAUGAUUUACUUAGAACUUACUAUACUACAGUUAAUAAGAAUGAUGGGAAGAAUAAAGGUUAAAUUAAAUUAUAUAAAACCUUUAUUAUAUUCUUGAUAAAAAGUCCUUCUAUAUUGAGUACUUUUGUUAUAGGUAGAUUCCUACAUUUUUAUUCAUAUGUAGGAUUCUAAUAAGAUAGUAUAGGAAUAUAUGUAGCUAUUUUGUAGCUAAUAGUAUGGUCAAUAUGUAUCUUUAAAAAAUAUUAUUAUUAUUCUGAAUUGACACAACCUUUCCUGGAAGGAAAAGGGAGACUUAUAAUGCCUCAGGAAGUUCAAGAAACUUAAAAGGAUCAGAAAGCUAAGAAAGGGGCAAGAUUCACAAGGUUAUUUCUAAAGGUUAUGAAAGUGUCAAUAAAUUGCUGGGGAAAGGAGACACUCCAAAGUAUCUUCCUGGUGCAAACUUGGUAGGAAGCCACAUGGAUACAUCCUACUCAUUCGGCUGCUGUGUGGGCGUUACCAUUACGCACAGCCUUGGAAUCAUUCAUCUUCUUGUAAGUAACUCCAAUAAAUGCAUUUGAUAACUAAACUUUGCUCAAGUGGAAUCACUUCUUUGGACAGUUUUCAUUGCUCUCUAUUGAGUGAACAGAUAUUUAUUCCAUCUCAGGAAAAGUUCAUAGUAGAAAAUACAGUGAUAAGAUGAAAUCUGGAGAUCUCCUUGUUUAAACCUUACAACCUGACUUACUUCCUGUAACAGGGUUGGAAGAAAGUUAAGGAGAAAAUAUAGGAAAUUUCAUUUUCAAAGGACAUUGUUGUAUACAUUUCUGAAAGAUUUACAAUUCUUUAUCAUGUUAACAGUCUCUUGGGACUCUUUCAUUAAAAACAAUCUCGUUUAACAAUGUUUUGGCUUUAUAUUUAAAACCACUGACCAUAACAAUGUUUUUGUACAAAAUUAGUAUACCAAAAUGAGAAUUAUGAAGUACAUAUUGGGAAAUGUUGAUUUACCAUUCAACCUACUUCACAGAUAAAGACAAUUGGGCCCUGAGGAAUGUGGCUUAAAGUCGUAUGACAAAAUAGCAGCUGAUAUGCAAGAAAGCAGCAAAUUGCAAAUUUUAUGCAAGUCAGACCAAACGUAUGGAAUUUUUAUAUGGCCUAGGUUAAGAUCUUUUUAAAAAACAUCUCAUACAAUAUAUUUUGAUCCUUUUCUUCUCCUCUAAUUCCACCCAACUUCCCUACUCACUUUUUUUUGUCUAAUUUAUGAUGUUUGUAACAUUAAAUUGUGUGUGGGCAGGACAGUUAGCUCAGUGAAUAAAGUGUUUGUUGUGCAAAUGUGAGGAUCUGUCUGGAUCAGAGUUUUGGUCUAGAAUCCACAUCAAAAACUGGGUUCCUGUGGCAGAACUCCUAGUGUUUGGAAGGCACAUACAGAUGAUCCUAGGACUAAGCUGCCUACUUGGCCUACGUAGAUUUGGUAAAUUGUGAGUUCAGUAAUUCAGUACCUCAUCAAGUGAAGGUUAUCCAAGCCAGGCAGGGUUGUAUAAAGGUUUCAUACCAGUAUUUUGAGCUAGAGGCAGGUAGAUUUCUGUGUAUACCAACCUGGUCUAUAUAGCAAGUUCCAUGAUAACUGGGGAUAUAUAAAAAUCUUGUUUCAGAAACAAGCAAACAAACAAAUGAACAGGAAACACAAAGUCAACUUCACCCCUCUAUGCACUUGCUAUGAUACAUGCUAUAUAUCUAUCCAUUCACACAGGAACACACACACACACACACACACACACACACACACACACACACAAAUACACACCUAAAGGUAACAAAUUAUGCUUCGACUAUGUUUCCUUCCUUCCUUCCUUCCUUUCUUCCUUCCUUCCUUUCUUUCCUUCUUUCUUCCUUCCUUUCUUUCCUUCUUUCUUCUUUGCUAUUUUUGACUGAUACUUGAAUUACCCUCAUUCAAUUUUUCAUUGAUUACUAUAGUACUAUUUAUCAAUGUAAUGAUUACUACCAUAACCCACGAUUAUUAUUCAUGGUUACUACAUAUAAAACGUAUAUUGUAUUUGACCCAUAUGUCAAAUAAUAUAAUAAUUAUUUUUCCUGUAGUACAUUAAGUAUUCUUAGAAGAAUUAUAAAAGAGGUGAGAAAAUUCAUCACAAGGGGUCAGCAGUUAUCUCUCUAUAUUUCCUGAGAUUUGUAAUCACUGUUUUGGUGGGUUUUUGCUGUUGGUGGCAAAGAAGAAAUAAUCUUUGAGGUAUCACAUUACAAAAAUGGAAACAUUAGUUCAGUACAGAAGGCAGACUGCCUCUAUUUUAUGAGAAGUAGUUUUAAUGAUGACGUAGACUUGAAAUCCAAACUUGUGAGUUCAAGUCAUAUGUCACCCACUGUUAGUAUCAACUUUUAACAUAGAAUCACCUGAAAUACGAGUGACAAUUGAGGAAUUAUCUAGGCAAAGUUAUCUGUGAGUAUUCCUGUGGGAUUAUCUUGACUAUUAGUUGAUCCAGCCCCUUGUUGGCAGCACCAUUCCCUAGCAGAAAUCCUAAACUCUAUAAGAUAGGAGAAAGCUAGCUGAGAGAAAGAAAGUCUCAGUUCAUUUGUUUCUCUCUGCUCUUGUCUUGAUAUCAUAUGACAAGCUACUUGGGUGUAUGAUUUGCCUUCCUUACUUGAUAGAAUGUAACCUGUAAUUGUAAGAUGAAUACAUUCUUUUCCCUCUCUAUGUUGUUUUUUUUUUUUGUCAGGAUAUCUUAUCAUAGCAAAAUAAAGGAAACUAGGACACUGAAUCACAAAUAUCAGGAUGUUAACCAUCACACCCAGAACACUACAGGAAGACUGUACACAUCUCUUUCUACAUGGUAACUCAAUAAGUAGUUACAAACAUUCUUAGUGCUCAUCAACAUAUUCAGAAACUACAUGUGUCAAGAAGUGAAACAACACAGUAAUUUCUACAGAUUAAUGACUCCUGUGACUUCUGUUUUAUUUCUUCUUGAAAUCAUUUUGUAUAAUGAUACAAAGACAAGUAGGUAGACUUCUUAAGCAUUCUGAAUGGCUUAAUAGUAAGUGAUUAACAAAGAGUAUCCAAACUGAUUACAAUUUUAAAUAUAUUAAAGAAACUUAAAACCCCAAUUUAAAUACACAGUUGUAUUCUCUUUCUUCAGAAAAAAAGUAGAGGUAAUGUUUACCUAUUAAAAUCCAUGUUUAAUACAACAUCUGAAUGUUUCUAUGAAUGAAUCCAAUGUCUUUAGAUUACUCGGUACUCAUAUGUCUGAGGACCUGUAUUCAUACUGACUUUUCUACCUUUUUUUCAGCUAUCAACAAUACAAUUUUGACUGUUUACAGAAUAAAUCUCCUUUAUGUGGUGGUAAAGAAAAUACAUAUGUGACAUUGUGCUUAUGGAAAAAUAAACAAUGUGCUUUAAAAUUUCAUCUUAUAAA